CUGGCUUUAUUAAAAAUCUUCCCCGCUGCAUCGGCAAACACCGUGCAAACGGCAAAACGUUUUUAUUGUAAUGGUCACCUUACAUCCAUAGAGCUGUGCCAUUCUUGGAUUGGCCCCGGUAUCGCCGUUUGUAUAGGAUUCUGGGAGGAGCGUUCUUUACGCACGGGGAAUGGCGGAGUAGGAAAGAGAUGGGGGCUUGACAUAAUAUUAUCCCACUCUUUUGUUUCUCUGCUGUGAUCAACUCGGUGACUCUCACAAUGGAUCCAGAGAAAACCUUGACGUUCUGCCUCGGAGUGACGGCGGAGGAGAUGACCAUCUCUCUGCAGGGGCCCGAGGGCACGGAAGCGAAAGUAACCGUUUCUCCAAAGGCCCCUGUCAUAGGAACCAUCAGCAAGGGGGUGAAGUACCCGGGCAAAGGCAGUCAGCCUAUGAUCAGUCCUAAACACUGUCCAGGAAUCAACAACAGCCCAGGGUACCUGUGUGAGACUGGACACUGCUGUGGAGAGACAGGCUGCUGCACCUACUACUACGAGCUCUGGUGGUUCUGGCUGCUGUGGACGGUUCUGAUCCUGUUCAGCUGCUGCUGUGCGUACCGGCACCGCAGGGCCAAGCUCCGCAUGCAGCAGCAGCAGAGACAGAGAGAGAUCAGCCUGAUCGCCUACCAUGGCGCGUGCAACUACCCUGGCUCUAUGCUGGACCUCAGUUUCUUGGCCUCCUUCAAGCUGCCGUCCUAUGAGGAAGUGGCGGCCCAGCCCAGCACCCCGCCCCCUCCCUACAGCUCCGUGUUCGGCCUGCAGGGAGGGGGCGCCACCUCCUCUUACCCCCACCCCUACGGCCAGCACCCCCAGCCUCCCUGCCCCCCCUACCUGUCUCAACGGGCCGGCCCCAGCGGAAUGACUUCUUCCCAGAGCUCUGACAACUACACCAGCUGCUCCUGUGAGUCCUGCUCCCUCACGUCCCCCUCGAGCACCUCUUUCUCUGUCCAAGUGACAGACGAGACGGAUGACAGCAGCCUCGCCUCCACGCCCAGCGAGGCUACAGGGGGGCGCGACCCGGGCGGCACCGUGGCCCGGGGCAGGUCACCGUCAGAAGGGAUCUUGACCCUGCCUCCUCCACCCACCCUUCCCCCUCCUCCUGACCUCCGACCCAUACCCUCGCCCAACGUCGUCCCGAUUUGUUCCCCCAGCGUGAGCGAGGGGACUCCGGCCACGCACCUCGCCCUCCCCCUGCCUACUUCCAAUCAACCUGUUCCCCCCUUCCCUCCACCGCUGCACUUUACCCCUCCCCUGCUUCCCUCGCCCUCUCUUCCUCCCCCUCCAGUCCAUUGCCUCCCCCUGCUUGUCCUCUCCGACCCACUGGGAGCGACGCCAGAGCGGAGAGGGGAGGAGCAGAGCCCCGAGCCCACCCCGUCGCCCCCGAAACACACCCUCUUCUCGUCUGACGUGGCCUUCUUUGAGCACCACAGCCACUUAGAAGAUGAGAAAAAGGAGGAGGAGGAGGAAGAGGAGGAAAACGAGGACCACUUCCGUCACCGUCGACUGACGGGGGACUCGGGCAUAGAAGUAUGCCGGUGCCAGGUUAAGCGGGAGACAGAGGUGGAUGAGGAGGGCGAUGAAGGGAAGGAGGAGGGAAAGAAGGAUGAAGAGGAAGGAGAGGAGGCGGGGUUUCUCCACGACAGCGUUGACUGUUCCCUUCGAGCACAGGCAGUCGUCCAAUCAAAGCUCCCCAAUGAGCAAGCCAUGCAGUGCGGCCCCACCUCCUCCUCUGUCAUCCUCAGGGGCAGGGACUCUGUCAUUACCAUGGAGUGAUCAUAAAGUCAACGAAUGAGACCCAGUCUAUCCUGUCAGGUGACCGACAACCUGACUUGACUGAUAACCUAUGAGGAUAUGGGUAUGUUUACUGUGGCCGCAUCCCCCCACCUGAUGUUCAGUGUAGAGGGGAUACAAGGCCUGAAUACCAACUAAUGUCUACCUGUGGUUUUAUCGGUUUAGAGCCAUGGUCUAGUGCCAUGGUCUGGUCAGGUGCAUAGGUUCCUGUUAUGAACUGCUUGUUUUGCUUACGUGCCAGAGAGGGACACUGUUUAUCCUGCUGAGCUCUCAUGGAGAACAAAGACAUCUUUUUA